GUGGGAUGUUUGAAAAUCUUUUUUCUUUUGAUUGGUUGAGACAUCAAAGUGUGUAUGUGAUCUCUAGUUAAAAGCUGUGUAUCCACCUACAUGAUCACAUUGUUUACUUGACUGACGGUAAAUUUAAUCAGGUCUACAACUGAUAUAACUUUUGCUUAUAAUACACCUAAUAUAAAGAAAGUUUUAGCAUAUGAGUUGUGAAACUGAUUAUGUUGAUGAGGUCCACAAUUAAAAUACUUUUAGUUCAGUUAUACCUAUUUAACAGAGUAUUCACAUCUCCAGUUUAUGAUCCGAAACUUACACAUGCUCAUGAAGCUAACGGCCUAAAUAUUCGAUAUCCUGUGAUAUUUAUACAUGGGAUCGGUGGAACACAAGCUCAUUGUAUAGUGAAAGAUCCACAAUCACGUGUGAAACGCUUUAUUGUCUGGAUUCGAUUGAUAAUUUUCCUUAUACCUGAGAAAUUGUUCUCUUAUAUGGGAUUAGAGUAUGAUCCAGUUUCGAAAACAACUAAAGAAAAAGACAUAUGUGAUGUUGAAUUUCCUGGUUGGGGUGAUACAUGGGCAAGCGAAUAUCUGACUGAAGAGAAAUAUGCUCCAUCAGGUUAUCUGAAAUUACUUGUUGACGGAUUAACUGAAGACAGCUAUUUCAUACGCAAUAAAACGUUACGUGCUGCACCGUAUGACUUUCGUAAAACACCACAGGAAAAUUUAAAAUAUUUUGAAAAAUUAAAACAACUUGUCGAAGAGACUUAUGAAAAUGGUGGAUAUCGUCCAGUGUACUUACUUGCACAUAGUAUGGGAUCUUUAUAUGCAAUGUAUUUUCUUAAACAACAGACAAAGCAUUGGAAACAACAAUAUAUCCGGGGAUAUAUAUCUGUUUCUGCUCCGUUUGGUGGAUCAAUGGAAGCUUUGUAUUCUGAAACUUGUGGAAAUAAUUUUGGAAUACCAUCACGCACUCCAUUUGGAUUCCGAACUGCAGAACGUUCUUUUCCAGCAAUGGCUUUUCUUUUACCAGAUCCACGUCUAUGGUCAAAAGAUGAAAAAGUCAUUGUAACGCCUACCAAAAAUUAUUCAGUACACGAUAUGAAAGAGAUUUUCGAUGAUAUUUCAUUUCCAUCAGGUUAUUUAAUGAUGCAAGAAGGUAAAAAAACAAUUGACACACUUGAACGACCUACAGAUGUUGACAUCUAUUGUAUAUACGGUGUUCAACUGCCUACAAUAUCACAGAUGAUAUUUUCAUCACCUGGACAGUUUCGUUCAUCAUUUCCAAAUCAUAUACCAUUAAUUAAAUAUGGCGAUGGAGAUGGUAUGGUGAAUAUACGAAGUUUAUCUGUUUGUAGAAAUUGGAAGUCAGUUAAUGAAAUUCUUUUACCGCAUAGUUCACAUGAAGACAUUCUUAAAGAUCAACGUUUAAUUGAUAUUGUAAAACGAAUUCUCAUUAUUAAGUAAUUAGUUCUCCAAACAAAAUGAUCACUCAAAGAUUCUACCCUACAUUACAACAUUUAUUAACAUGAUAAUCAAUCAUUAAUUUCAAAAUAUUCUUCUACAGAGUCUUUUAGUUUAUUUUUAUUUUAUUUCAGCCAAACUUCAAGUUAUAAUUUCUCAUUCUAAGCCAAUAUAUUUUUGAUAUGUGUUCAAGGUUUCCUUGUAAUAUUUGCUCGUAGAUGUGAAAUGCUGAAAUCGGAUAAUUUAUUUCUUUUAGAUUUCAGUAAUUCUUCAGUUAAUGGUCAUCAGUUUUGAAAAAUAAUAAGAUAUGAAUUUGAUUGGUGGUGUCAAUGGAGUCCAGGAUGCGCAUUUCGACCUAUUUAAGACUCGUUAUCUGGAUGUAUCUACAUUUCCCAAUUGAUCAGUGAUGAUGUUCCCACCGAGGCUCGAACCCAAUGCC